AUAUUUGCACAUAACUGUGUGCUAUGUAUUUGUUUAAAAGAAAGAGAGAAAGAACGAAACUGAAUGUGUGUUGCGCUUUGUGUGCUUUUUUCGAUAUUUGAGCAACACACAACAACGACAACAACAACCAUAAAAACAUAACAGUACAAUAGGCAAGCAACGGCUGUAUAGCAUUUCCAACAGGAAUUGGAAAAUGAGAGAAUCAACGAAAACAUCGAACCACCUCUAAACAAAGCAACUCAACCAAGUGUGUGAAUUAUCGAAAUUGGCUAGAGGGAUACAGAGCGAUUGAGUGACAGAGAGACAGAGUGUAUGCAAAAUGGCUUUGGGAAUUCCUGCUGAAGAAUCGUCGGAAAAUCAAUCACAACCAAUUACACCGAGUGCACCGCCAUUGGAAUCCUUGGGAUCGGUCGAUGUAAAUCAAGUUCGAUUUGUUGUAGCACUAGAUGCAACAACAAACAGUCAACCAAUUUCAGCUCAAACAGCAUCGCUCAAUGCCAGUGAAUGUUUGCGACGUAUUAUAAAUGAAAAAAUCAAUUGUGAUUCAAAGGGUAAUCACAUCAUACGAGACGUCACCGAACCUGAAUUUCGGCAAAUGAUUGAGUUUCUUGAAACGAAGAAAUUACAAUUUAAAGAUCAAAAUCAUCGCUUGCAAAUGUUUAAUGUGGCCAAACAAUAUAAUUGUGCUGACAUGCAAAUAUAUUGUUUGCGUGAAGUUGAUGCCAAUUUGGAUGUAUCAAAUGUAAUCACAGUUUAUCGUACGCUAUGGUUUUACGGUUCAUUGACAUCGAACAAGGAUUCGAUCGAUCGCAAAAAGGCCAAUUUCAAAAAAACCAAUUACACACCCGAAGAAUUUCUCACAUAUUUGGUAUUCAAUGUGUUGCAAUUUAUCAAUAUGAAUGCAGAAAAUGUUCUACUAUCGGAAGAUAUUGAUGAACUGCGAUUCAAAGAAUUUGAAAAUAUUGUGAAACAAGAUGAUCUACUGUUACGCUCAGAAAUGGUUUUAAUUAAUGCGCUGACACGUUGGAGCCGAGCCGAAUGUCGACGAAAAAAUAUCGAACUCACCCUUGAAAAUGAACGGACCGUUUUGGGUGAACUUUGCUAUUCACCGAGGUAUUUAACGCUCAAACCCAGCGAAUUUGAAUUGGCCUGUAAGAAUAUUCGAUUUUUAGAUCCGGCCGAAGUGACAUUGAUUCGAGAAGCAUUUGAUGGCAAAAAAUCUAAUUUAACUGCUGAACAAACAAAUAUGUUGAACAAUUUUCGAAAACCACGACCAAAAUAUACACGCAUGCCAAUCUAUUUAAGUCCACGUAGUCACCCAAAAAAAUAUCCACGGCGAAUGCGACGAAAUGAUCGCAACGAUAGUGAUGGAUCAUCAUGUUUUCUAGAUUGUUUAGCGGCUUUCAUUUGUCUAUGUGAUUAAGAAAGACUAGCGUUAAUUACAAUUAAUAUGACUUUGAUUUAGAUUGGAUAUGUCGAUUUUUUGUUCUCUCGAAUUUAAUGUGAAUGACAUCGGGUAGUAGUUAAUUGAAUAUUUUAAGAAGUAAAUGGUGAACGAUAACGUAAAUUAAGACCAAAUAGCAAAAUUAUUUUAGUUCAAUGCAAACAAAUGCAAACAUGGAUACGAUUUUAUUUUGAGACAGUUUUAGGUAAAGCCAUCAGAUCAAAGCUUUUUUUCGAACGCUGUGAUGCACACCAAACCAAACAUAAAGAAUGCAUCUAUGCAACUGUGUUUUAAGAUCUAAAUAUUUUAAUCGUUUUUUUUUGUUUAAAAAUCUGUCCAUGUUACGAGCAUGCAAAUGUAUUUAUUUUAGCUGAAUAUAUUUCUACAGAUAGCAAAAAUUAAUCAUUAUUUUUUAAUCUUCCACAGAUCAUUUGAAAAAUCAAUAUUUAUUUUGAAAAAGCGCAAAACGUAUUUUUAAAAAAAUAAACAACACAUGUUUACUAUUUGUAACCAGAAUUUAGACGACAAAUGAAACGAAUAGAGAAUGCUCAUUAUAGUUAAAGAAUUCUAUGGAUUGUUAAUAAGGAUAUUUUAGCAUAUUUUAUUGUAUUGAAAGAAUGAAUAUUCGAUUUAGAGUGAGAGUUUAUUUUGAAGAAAAAAAGAAUGAAUCGUGCAAAGUUGUCUGAAUAUUUUAAAUUGAUAUGAAAAAUAAGUUUAUCAUCAAAUGUUAGUCGAAGUAAUAAAUUAUUUAAAGUGGGAUGAACAUAAUUUCUCCUCAUACAAUAACAAAAAUCAUAUUUGAUUAUUAGUUGCAACUGAUUAUGUUGCAAUGUUAUUGGUUUUUAUCAGUUCGUUCUUUUGUUGUUUUGCCAUUUGAAAGAGAUUUAUGAAAAAGAGUUUCAAUAUUUUACUAUAGUCAAAAAAAAAAAAAAAAUCGAAAUAUACGUGGAACUUUCGUUACGUUUAUAAUCUGAGCAGAAUAAAUGUGAAGAAUAUUCAGAAAGAGACUUUAUGAUAUAUUCAGUUAAAUAGAAUAUUUCCUGAGAGCCUGUUAAGAAAAGAUAAUUUGAUACUUCACCUAUGAAGAUUUAUGAAAUCUCUUCAUGAUUCGCUAUUAACGAAUUAAAAAUACAAAAACCUUUAUAUACUGAAUACCGAUAUACAAAUUAUUUGUAAUAGAUGUGAUACAACUUAUUCAAUAAAGCCAUAUUUAUGUUCAACGUAUGAA